UGACGUCACGGUUCCCACACAACAGAGAGAUGCGCACUGAGUUAUAAGACGAGGCGGUUGUUCAGUGCGGUACAUUUUUUUUUGAAGAAAAGCAGUAAGCAAUAAAGAUCCUGCCGAAUAGGUUUUUUUUUAAAGAGGAGUUGGAAUUUCUGUUGAAAAGGCAUAUAAUUUCUCAUAAGGUGUCUCUGUUGUAUAGCAGAUGAAUUUUGAGCAGCCUCCUCCGUACCAGGCCCCUGGUUACCCCCAGCAGGGUUACCCCCAGCAGGGUUACCCCCAGCAGGGAUACCCCCAGCAGGGAUACCCCCAGCAGGGAUACCCCGUAAACAUGGAGCAGCCUGGAGGAUUCCCUCCUCAAAACCCAGGCUACCCUGCUGGCCCCGGGGGACCGCCUGGACCCUACCCCGGCCAGGGACAAGCAGGCCCCUACCAGGAGGGCUACCCUGGACAGCCCCAGUUUGGAUGGCAAGGAGGACCACCCCCAGGACCCAUGUAUGGAGAGGCACCUAAAAACACAGUGUACGUGGUGGAGGAGAGAAGGAGAGAUGAUUCAGGAGACACGUGUCUGACUGCCUGUUGGACGGCUCUCUGCUGCUGCUGCUUGUGGGACAUGCUCACAUAACCUCUGACCCCUGACAUUUACACUUAUCUGCUUUGACCCUCACCCUUUACCUCCUAACCCUUAACCCACAGUUCCUCUCAUCUGUAAUAGAAAACAAGUACUGGGAGAAAUAGAACACUAUGAGUAUCUGGGAAACCAGGCCUGGUAUUUAUAGCGGACUUUGAAAAGCCCUUUGAUAAAGUACAACCAGAAUGUAUAUGUAAAUGCCUGGACCAUUUUAAUUUUGGAGAGUCUCUUAUAAGAUGGCUUAAAGUUAUGUAUAGUAACCCCAGGUGUAAAAUAGCAAAUAAUGGCUACUUCUCGGGAAGUAUUACAUUGUCAAGAGGAGUAAAACAAGGUUGUCCACUAUCGGCAUAUCUAUUUAUUACGGCCAUCAGAAUGUUCGCUGUUAAAAUCAGAUCCAACAAUAAUAUCAAGGGGCUAGAAAUCCAGGGUUUAAAAACAAAGGUGUCAUUGCACGCUGAUCAUUCAUGUUUUCUUUUAAACACGCAAUUUGGAUCCCUGCACAGCCUCCUAGAGGAUGUAGAACCUUUUCUAACCUCUGGAUUAAAACCAGAAUGAUGAUAAAUGCACCAUAUUACGUAUUGGAUCACUCAAAAAGACAACUUUCACAUUACCGUGUAGUUUACCAAUAAAAUGGUCUGACGAUGUAGUGGACAUACUUGGUAUACAUAUCCCAAAAGAAAGAAAUGAUCUCGAUACAAUAUAUAUUUAUAUAAAGUUAGCCAAAUUAGAUACCAUUUUGCUACCAUGGAAAGGACAACAUCUGUUUAUUUGUGGAAAAAUUACCCUGAUUGAAUUUUUUUGUCAUAUCCCAGUUGACCUAUUUACUUACUUAUGGCCCUGCCUACACCUAACGACUUGUUAAUUCACCUAUUUACUUACUUAUGGCCCUGUCUACACCUAACGACUUGUUAAUUCACCUAUUUACUUACUUAUGGCCCUGCCUACACCUAACGACUUGUUAAUUCACCUAUUUACUUACUUAUGGCCCUGUCUACACCUAACGACUUGUUAAUUCACCUAUUUACUUACUUAUGGCCCUGUCUACACCUAACGACUUGUUAAUUCACCUAUUUACUUACUUAUGGCCCUGUCUACACCUAACGACUUGUUAAUUCACCUAUUUACUUACUUAUGGCCCUGUCUACACCUAACGACUUGUUAAUUCACCUAUUUACUUACUUAUGGCCCUGUCUACACCUAACGACUUGUUAAUUCACCUAUUUACUUACUUAUGGCCCUGUCUACACCUAACGACUUGUUAAUUCACCUAUUUACUUACUUAUGGCCCUGUCUACACCUAACGACUUGUUAAUUCACCUAUUUACUUACUUAUGGCCCUGUCUACACCUAACGACUUGUUAAUUCACCUAUUUACUUACUUAUGGCCCUGCCUACACCUAACGACUUGUUAAUUCACCUAUUUACUUACUUAUGGCCCUGCCUACACCUAACGACUUGUUAAUUCGCCUAUUUACUUACUUAUGGCCCUGUCUACACCUAACUACUUGUUAAUUCACCUAUUUACUUACUUAUGGCCCUGUCUACACCUAACGACUUGUUAAUUCACCUAUUUGCUUACUUAUGGCCCUGCCUACACCUAACGACUUGUUUAUUCAAUUAUAUGAGCAAAAAAAUUCCACCUUAUUUUGAAUGGCAAGCCGGAGAAAAUUCUCUAGCAGAUCAAAAAAAAAAAGGUUUAAAAAUGUUAUAAUCUUCGUAAAUGAUAUCAUAAAUAGGUCUGGUGGAAUUAUGUCACACAUGCAGUUAACAAAAAAAUAUGGAAAUAUCUGCUCUAUCCAAAAUUACAACCAACUGAUUGCAGCAUUGUGGAAAGGGGAGGUAAGGAACUUGACUGUCGGCCCUGCAUUACAGAACAAAAUUGGUUAAAGAAAAUUGUGAUAAAUAAAAAGUAUAACAGUUUCAUUUAAGGACCAACAAAAUGACAGCUGCACCAUCAAGGUUGAUAAAUAGUUGGGAGGAGAUUUUCAAUGUACUGAUUCCAUGGUGCCUGGUUUAUGAACUGAUACACAAAACGACGCCAGAUUCUAAACAUAAGAGUUUUUCAAUUUAAAUUAUUAUCCACAAUUCUUGCAACCAACAUAAUGUCAUAUAUAUGGGGGAUACAACCAUCCCAGCUCUUCUGAUUUUGCUGUGAAGAGACAGUCAUUAGAUCACUUGUUUUGGUACUGCCCUGAUGUAGCUUGUUUUUGGUCGGAGGUUCAGGAAUGGCAAAAAAGAUUGCAACAUUUACCUGGAGCUAACUCUGCAACUAGCACUGCUGGGUGAUUUGAAAAGUCAUAGUCAAUUGAUCAAUAAUGUAAUAAUACUCUUAGCACCAUUUUUAAAAUUUAAUUUACAAUCUGUAGGAACUGAGAAGAUAAAGUUUCAGAGCUUUUGUGAAACAUCACAGCACAGUGGAAAUCUAUAUAUAGAUGGGAGGGGUUGAGUGUAGCUGAAGGCUGGGAUGCUAAUGUAAAAUAUAUUGUCCAUAAAUUGUAGAUAGUAUGUAUAAACAGGAAGUGGAAGCCUAAGUAUCGUUGUCCAUUAGUUUACUUCAAUUAGGGGAGUUGUGGUAUGGUUAGGGGGAAAUAAGAAAGUUAUUAAAAAGUCCCUCAUUUUAUCCUAACCUCUAACCCCUAAGGUUUAACCCCUAAUCCUGACCUACCUGUUACACUAUCCCUCCAUCUGGCCUUACUUCCUGUUAGUCCACCUCAAUCCUUCUCUCUCCCCCUAACUAUCAGCCUUACCCCUUGCACUCCUGCUUUCCUUCCCAAACGUCCAGCCUGAACCCCUGUGCCUCCUGAACAAUGGUAGCAUUAUAUUGAUAACCUCUAUGUAUCUAUCCUUGUGCUCCUAAACCUGACCUAACCAAUCUGUAGCAGUUUAGCUACAAUACCUUCCCUAAAUCUCAGGCACUGUACUGUAGAUAUUGCUUCUUGUGGAACACAAAUUCAUUCUCAAACACCACACACACACAAUAUGCACUCAUAUCUCAGGCGUUCUACUGUAGAUGACACACAUACACGAACGAACACACACACACACACACACCAUGCUCUCUCUCUCUCUUUAUCUCUCUCUCUCUCUCUCCUGGGCACUUUAACAUCUUACCUCUGUAAGGUACUUCUCCUGCCUCCGUCCAUCCUCCCAAACAAACCUCUAGUCAUACCACCCCAUAUUCCCUAAACACUAUACCACCCUAACACCGUAUCUGUCAUGGCUACCUAGACCAUUGCAGGCCAGUAAGCUACAGUGGCCCUUGCCAACCCCCUGCCCCUGCUGUACCAUGCUGAAGCUUGAACUGUCCUCUCCGUUAUGUUUGCACAACAGCUACUGUGGUUUCCUGUUUGUCUUAGGAUGAAUCCUAUGAGCUGGCAUCGAAUGCAUUUUUUUAAAGACGAUGACAAUGAAUAUUUUAAUGUUUGAGUACAUGUACUAUUGUUCAAUGCUUGCAAUGUUUUUUCCCUGUUCAUUUCUAGAUCCUGGAUGAAUAUGAUUUGAUUGCUAUGUUAUUUUUAAUAUUCUCAUUCCUUGAAGGAGAGAACAUGAAACAUUAAAAAAAGUGAAUGUUUGUUAUGUAGAUGACUUUGCCUGACAUGAUAAUCUUGCGUUAAGAAUAAAUUAUUCCCAAAAAAGA